GGUGGUUCAGUUCCGGAUCCGGCAUUGGGAUGUUGGCUGUUGGUUGUUGUUGAGAGGUCGUCUCUGUUGGACGGGAUCUGCUUUCUGCUUUAAGAAUGACAGCAAUCAAGCAUGCUUUACAGAGGGAUAUUUUCACUCCAAAUGAUGAACGAUUGCUCAGCAUAGUCAACGUUUGCAAGGCAGGCAAAAAGAAGAAAAACUGCUUUUUGUGUGCUACAGUAACAACCGAACGACCAGUCCAGGUAAAUGUUGUAAAGGUGAAGAAAUCUGAUAAGGGGGAUUUCUACAAACGGCAAACUGCAUGGGCACUGCGAGAUUUGGCUGUAGUUGAUGCGAAAGAUGCCAACAAGGAGAAUCCAGAGUUCGAUUUACACUUUGAAAAAGUUUACAAAUGGGUUGCUAGCAGCACAGCAGAGAAAAAUGCUUUUAUUUCCUGUAUUUGGAAGCUUAAUCAGCGAUACCUUCGAAAGAAACUUGAGUUUAUCAAUGUUAGCUCUCAGUUAUUGGAAGAACUUCCUAAAGUUACAGAAGAGUCUGUUCCAAGUGGUGAAAAUCAGAGUGUGGCUGGUGGAGAUGAGGAAUCUUUGGAUGAAUACCAGGAGCUGAAUACAAGAGAAGAACAGGAUAUUGAAAUAAUGAUGGAUGGUUGUGAAUAUGCCAUCUCGAAUGCUGAAGCAUUUGCAGAAAAACUAUCUAGAGAAUUGCAGGUGCUGGAUGGGGCCAAUAUCCAAUCGAUCAUGGCUUCAGAAAAGCAAGUGAACAUUCUGAUGCAACUACUGGAUGAAGCACUUAAGGAAGUAGAUGAAAUUGAGCAUAAGCUGAGCAGUUACGAAGAAAUGCUGCAGAGUGUAAAGGAACAGAUGGAUCACAUCUCUCAAAGCAAUGACCUCAUACAGCUCAGUAACACAAAUAACAUGAAGCUUCUGGAAGAAAUAGAAUUUCUGGUGAACUAUUUAGACCUAUCCAAAGGUCAUAUUAAAGCUCUUACAGAUGGGGAUCUUUCUUCUUCCAAAGGAAUUGAAGCAUGCACCAAUGCUGCAGAGGCCCUUCUGCAAUGUAUGAAUGUAGCCCUUCGACCAGGACAUGAUGAGCUUCAAGCAGUGCAGCAGCAGCAGCAGCAGUUCAAAGAUCUUCGGGAGCAAUUUGCUAGAAGACUUGCCAACCAUCUUAAUAAUGUUUUUGUUCAGCAGGGCCAUGAUCAGAGCUCCACCUUAGCUCAGCACUCAGUUGAGCUGUCUCUCCCUAAACAUCUGCCUUUCCACCGAGAUCUACUUCGAUAUGCGAAGCUCAUGGAAUGGUUAAAGAAUACUGAUCGUGAGAAAUAUGAAGGAUUGAAUAAGAACUAUGUAGAUUAUAUAUCCAGGUUAUAUGAAAGAGAAAUUAAGGAAUUCUUUGAGGUUGCAAAGAUCAAAAUGACUGGCACGUCAAAAGAAGGAAAAAAGUUUGCUACACUUCCUCGAAAAGAGAGUGCUGUCAAACAAGAUCUAGAGAGUCUCCAUGGAAGUUCUGGAAAACUUACUGGUUCUACAUCCAGCCUAAACAAACUGACUGUUCAAGGAUCAGGGAAUCGUCGCUCUCAGUCAUCUUCCCUGCUGGACAUGGGAAACAUGUCUGCCUCAGACCUUGAUGUGGCUGAUCGAACAAAGUUUGAUAAGAUUUUUGAGCAGGUCCUGAGUGAGCUUGAGCCUCUGUGCUUAGCUGAACAAGACUUCAUUAGCAAAUUCUUCAAGCUACAACAGAGCCCAGCAUUACCAGGAUCUGUAGUGGGAGACUCCACUGAAGUAGACGGGGCACUUCUGUCUCGACCACAUAAUAUUUUGGGAGACAGACAUUCGUUACCAUCUGAAAAAGAGGAGGCAGGCAUCAUUCGAUCAAUGAUGAUAAAAGUUUUCCGCUGUAUUGAGCCAGAGCUAAACAACCUCAUUUCACUUGGGGACAAGAUUGAUAGCUUUAACUCAUUGUAUAUGUUGGUGAAGAUGAGUCAUCAUGUUUGGACAGCAGAGAAUGUAGAUCCUGCCUCCUUUCUCAGUACCACAUUAGGAAACGUUCUUGUAACAGUCAAGAGGAAUUUUGACAAAUGCAUUUUGAAUCAAAUUAAACAGAUGGAAGAAGUGAAGAUAUCAAAGAAGAGUAAAGUUGGAAUUCUACCAUUUGUUAGUGGGUUUGAAGAGUUUGCAGAGCUAGCAGAGACCAUCUUCAAAAAUGCUGAGCGCAGGGGGGACCUGGACAAGGCUUACACCAAACUAAUUCGGGCUGUUUACAACAAUGUGGAAAAAGUUGCGAAUGAAAGUCAGAAGACUCCAAGGGACGUUGUGAUGAUGGAAAAUUUUCACCACAUUUUUUCAACAUUGUCUCGUCUUAAAAUUGCAUGCCUUGAAAUGGAAAGGAGAGAAGCUAAACACAAAUAUACAGAGCAUUUGCAAUUUUAUGUGAUAUACUCUCUGGGACAACCUCUUGAGAAGCUUAAUCAUUUCUUUGAGGGAAUUGAAGCUCGUGUGGCACAGGGAAUCAGAGAAGAGGAAGUGAGCUACCAGCUAGCAUUCAAUAAGCAAGAGCUGCGAAAAGUCAUUAAAGAAUAUCCUGGAAAGGAAGUGAAAAAAGGACUGGAUAACCUAUAUAAGAAAGUGGACAAGCAUCUGUGUGAGGAAGAAAACUUGCUGCAGGUUAUGUGGCAUUCCAUGCAGGAUGAAUUCAUUCGUCAGUACAAGCAUUUUGAGGGUCUGAUAGCUCGCUGUUAUCCUGGCUCUGGAAUUACUAUGGAAUUCACCAUCCAGGACAUUUUAGAGUAUUUUUCGAGUAUUGCACAAUCGCAUUAAUAACUAAUAUACCAUCUGAAUAGUAACAAGGAGUCCAGCAUCAUUUUCACUUUCUUUGCUAAAGUUGUAAUGGCUCUUUAUGGAAAUAAUUGACACCUAAUGCUGGAACAAUAUUAUUUGUAUCCAGAAAUAUAGAUACCCAAGCAGGCCAAAGCUAAAAACCAGUUUGUUUCACUGACACCGUCUGCUAACUAACUUACAUGCACAUCCAGCAAUAUGUUCAAUUAGGGAUACAAAUGCAUGAUUGUGAAUAUAUGACUUCAUCUGAUGAAAUGUUGCAGUUUAGGACAAUAUUGAUGUGUUAUGCCUGAAAUUUUGUACUUGUAGGCAUGUGGAUUGAUACGAUUACUUUUUAAAAAUACAUCCCUUGACUCUAUCUUAACAUAUAUGAUCAUCUUAUGUUAGAAUCUCAAUUUCUGAGUAAUAGGAAAUGUAAGACUGUUAAUUGUUUCCUAGCAGGGCUUUGUGGAAAACUUCAAAUUUUGAAAAAUUACUGAGCUUUACUUGAGAUACUGCCAAAGGAAGCUGUAUUUUAAGAAAGCCAGUUCUUUUAUCAAUGCAUCUCAUAACAAUCUGUUCUACUGGAAUAUGAUCUAUUUUCAUAAUAAUACAAAAAUCUCUGAUCUGUUUAACAUUCAAAAUAUAUGCUUAAUUUUGCUGAAAAUUGCUUAACUCACAUUAUCACAAUUUCACUUAUUUGCACUGAAUUUUCACUUGUAAUUAUUCAAUGGAAAUUUCACAAUUAUUGGAUAAUUUGUGUUUUUGUUAUGGUAAAACUAUUUUGAAAUAUCAGUGCUUUUCAUCAAAACUAAGAUUGUUAAAGUUACUCUUUCAUAGAUCUUAGUUGUUGAAUUCGUAAAGAAUUUCAACAGCUUGCGCUUUGACUUUAAAAACUACUUUUUAAUUAAUAAUAGUUUUAUUUGUUGCAAUCAUUUAGACUAAUAAGCUUCGAGACAAGUUGUAGAUGGGAAAUUGUGACCUAUCCUCACGUUCAGUCACAGUCCUCUCCUCAAAAUUCUAAUUGCUUCAGAUAGUUAAUAUCACUCAUUGAAAUUAUAUAAACUGUGUUAUUUCCAUUCCUGAAUCAACUUUAAUCUUAGGCAGAAAUUUUCUUCGGUGUCUGUUGAUCAUAUUCAGGACGUUUUAGGGGAUUACAGAAUAUUAAACAGAUGGACCAAUCCAUUCUGUUCUUCACAAGCUAAUAAAGACAUUUUUGCUUUUUCUGUGAACCUAAUAAUUGACCACAAUAAUGCCAUGGGAACACUGAUCAUGCAUUUCCAUAAAAUGUCCAUCAUGUGAGUCAAACUGAGCUGUAACUUUGAAAAUGUUUUUCUUGUGUCUUCUUUACAUUUCUUCAGUCAUAGUGAAAACUGCAAUCCAAAUUACAAAAUAAUUUGGCCUAAUAUCCAGCAUAUUUUGUAAAACAAAUGUUAAAAUGUGAAUUUACUCUUUAUUCUAGUGCACGAGGGGCAAGGAAUAGUGUUAAUGUGCACCAGUUCAGCAUGAAUUGAACAUUUAGAAUGUAAUAGCAAACAGAAGCAAAAUUUUGUGAAGUACUCGAAUUAUUUUUGGUGAAUUAUUUAAUUAAAAAUACAUAAACAGAUUUUGAAUACUUAUUGAAUCUUCAGUAUGUAUAAUUUACACAGUAAAUUUAGGGUACAGAAUGAAAAUGGGACGGCUGAGAAUUAAGGCUCUUCAGAAAACAACUUCUAACUUUGUAUAUUUGGCUACCAGCAAUUUGAGUUGACUGUGAUAUUGCAGUGCAAACUUCUCAAAUCAAAAUAACAGAACACUAACAACACAGCACAGAUGUUCUCGCACAAGUCUACAAGCUUCUUAACUUUAAUUUGAUAUUCCCAAAAUAGAAAAAUAACAAACUUAUUUUGACUGGUAUUUAUCUAACAUUUAGGCUAUUGUAUGAUGAUAUAACGUGCAUUAAUUAUUUAUAAACACUAAUCAUGACUGUAUAAAGUUCACUAAAUAUUCUGAUGCAUUAUUGUGAAAGAGUGAAUUAGGUUUUGAAAUGCCUACAAACAAUCUACAGUAGUGUGUAAUUAAUUAUUAAAACUGCACCAAGAGAUUUCCUUGAUCAUAACAAACAACAAAUGAUACUUGCAUCAGACAUGAAUCAGGAUUUCAGUCUUUAUUAUACAUGUGUCGCUCCCUUAGUCCAGAAAUUACAAACUUCUAUCCAAAAUCAAACCUGUAGAAUUUUCUUUGUGUCAUAGUUCUGGGAGUGGCUAACAAAUGAACGAAAGAUGGUUCAGAAUGGGAUGUGUAUAAAUCCUGUUGAAAUCUAAAAUUAUUUCUGAAUACAUGAGCUUAAAAUAACUUUGUAUUUUGUAUGAAGGUAGCACCUUUGUUUUACAGGUAUUUGAAUGAAGUUUCAUGGUUAUUAACUUAGUAAAAGAAGGUUUACAUAUUUAAUGGGAUUCUAUGCCAUUUACUAAUGUAUUAGCACCGUACAUUUCUGAAAUAUCCAUGUCAUUUGCAUUAUAUAAAUAUCAGUAAGUUUGUUAACAUUAAAAGGUGUAUCAGGCUAUGUAUAUUCACUAAGCUGCGUACAGUGCCAUCACUGUAAUACCUGUUGAUAUGCUUAAAGGUAUUAAACACACUUUAAAUUUUGUAUUAUUGUUACUCUCAAAUUACCUUUGAUCAAAAUCCUUGUUUGAGCUCUAGGGAUUAACUCUAACUUCCCACUUGGAUCUUGUUUCAAUGCCAAUAAAUAUGAUCCAUCAUUUCUUUUGUAAACAGUAGCAUUCUGAUGGCCUCAAGAAUGUAUUGCUGCAUUUAAAACA